CAGACUGAUCACAACUAUACAGAAGACCUGCGUUGGUUACACUUUUUGUAAUUUAACACACAGAGAACUUAGUCAACUUAGGCUUUCUCAAAAGAUCAAUAAACAGUGGAUCUUUUUUUUUCUUUUUUUUUUCAAGAGACAAACUAUCAGCAAUGCAUCUGUGAUAUGGAUUUUAUGCCUGCUAGAAUUCUAACUAUUCACAAUUACGCAUUUAUCUUGUCUAUACUUGUUUCAAUUUAUUGAUUUCAAUGAUCAAUUUAAUUGGGAUUUUGUUUCUAUGAUUGAAAGUAUGCGACAUCGUGGUCCUACUGACGAACUUUCACCUAGUGUCUAUUUAGAUAAACAUUGUUCUGAUGCUACAAUGUUAUCAAAUGAUUCAACAAAAUCUGAUCAACAACAAGGAAUAUAUUGUACACCUGUAACUUCAAAGUCAACUGGAUUAUCUCCUGUCUUAACACGUAUACAUCCAUCGAAUGUAUCUAGUUGUUUUUCUCAAUCGAAUCGUGUUCAACGUCAUGAUUUUAAAUCGAAAUAUUCCGGUCAAUUAAAUAAUCUUAAUUCAUCUCAGGAGAUAAAUAAAACUGGAAGAUACAUUAAUCAUCGAAAAAUUCGUAAAAAAUCUAAACGAGAAACAAGAUUUCAAAUGAAUGGAAAUAUGGAUCCAAAUUUUCAUUCUCUUAAAGUGACUAUUAGAAGGACAUAUAAAUCUAAUAAAUUAGAAAAUGGUAUUUGUUCAAUUGUAAAUACACCAAAUGAUGAAAGUAUGAAUCAUGAUGUUUCACAUCAAUCACUCAAUCAUAUUAGUGAUAAUAAUUCAAUAAAACAAUGUGAGACUCAGUUAUAUGAUGAAAAAUUAGACCAGGAUAUGUAUAAACCAGAGCUUUUAUCAGUAUUCGAAAAGCCUUGUCAUUUUGUUGAUUCCUCAACUUCUACAGUUGAUAGUGCUACCUUAACUGAACCAGACCUCCUUGGACCUUGUGAACCAGGCACAAAAGUUGUUGUAGAAGGUGUGGUAUGGUUAGAAGCUACAGGGAUGCUUGUUCUUAGUCUUCACUGGCGUGGACGAAACUAUAUGGGCACUUUGUUAGAUUCAUCAAAACAAACAUUUGCACCUACUUGCAUGGAUAAAGGUGUCGCUAGUGCACUGAAUCUCUUACGUGGUCGAAAAUCUUGGUGUGAUCCACACAGAGGUUAUCAAGCUCGUGGCCUUCAUCAUUUUCACCAUCUGCGUCAUCAUCGUCGUGGCGGCGGCAGUACCACUGGCAUAUCAAUGACUACUCGAUCAGCUUCGGCAGCAGCAGCCGCUGCAUCACAAGACUCAAGAGAGGGGAGUGUAGAUUCGAAAGACCAGUCUGUUGUUAAUGAUCCUUAUUCAACUGAGUGUAUUGACCAACCGUAUGUACCUGUAGAGACAAGUUAUAGCAAGAAGUCUGGUAAUGUUGCAUCACAUGAUAUUCCCCAACGUGGAGCUAAAGGACGUAGACGUCGUGGCACUGGUCGAAGACCAGUUCGUCCUAUUGGUGUAGUCUCUCCAUCUCUUGAAUGUUCUAUGAACACAUCUUUGCCCGAAACUAAACAAACCCUCAACGAUUAUGCAGAUAACCAAGUAAACGUUUUGUCAGAUGUUUCAUCUUCAAAAUCCGAUUGUAAAUUACCACUCAGUUGUCCAUUCAAUGGCUGUGAAAAGCGUUUUGCCGAUAUUCUUAGUAUGCGUUUUCAUUUCACAAUGGGACAUCAUAAUAUUCAAACCGUAGAAAUGAAAAAUAGGAGAGAAUCUCUUGCUGAGCCUGUUAUUGAUCAGGUUAGAUGGAUAAAAAGUGAAGAUUUUGAUAAUAAUCUUGAAAUAUCUGUUUGUGAUAUCUCUGCUAAUUCAUCUCCUCCACCGAAACUAGCAAGAGCACAUUGUACCAAAGAUAGAAGUAGUGACAGUAACGAAACAAGUUUAGUUUUAACAAAUGGUGAUGAUAUUGAUGAUAAUAUUGAUCCACCGAAACUACAUCGUGUUGUAUCAAUAUCUGAUUCUUUUUCUAAUGCAAAUCCACUUAUUGAUCCAGGUGACUCAAACUCAUCGAAGUUUGAUAAUAAUCACCAUACAACAGAUGUUCUUGACGAACCUCCUACUGCUAGUCCUGCAUAUUCUGAUAUCUCUGAUGACGGUACUGUAUCAUCUACAACUAAUAAUUUCCCAGUUUUAAACUUGGGAAUGGCAGCAAUUGAUGUUCAGAAUUCCAGAGAAGGAAUAUUGAAUUCUUCAUCAAUUUUAUCAAAUCUUUCUAAUCAACCACCCUUACCUCAAGGAUACAUUGAUGUUUCCAGACGCCUAAAUCUAUCUCCACUUAUAUUGUCUUCAUGUUCUACUGUUACUGGAUCUAGUGAACCGACUAAAUUAUAUUUUCCUGCUAAUUUGUUUUCUCCAACUCUAAAAGGUGUAAGCAAUAUCUUCUAUCAAACUGCAUCUCCAACUAUUAAAUUCAUGGACAAACAGAGUGCAGAAAGUGGAUUAAAACCGAUUAGAAAUAAUAAUUCCCCUACAACUUAUCCUUUUCAGAAAGAAUCGCCUUCCAGAUCCCUGAUAACCAACAAUAACAAUCAUAAUACUAGUUGUAGCAGUAAUCCAUCAGUAUUACAUGAUUUAUCAAGUUCUCAGUCGUCCCCUUCUAAUAGUGCUCCGCUAAUUCCACCAUCAAAUCAUGAUAAUUCCCGACAGCUGACUUUUCUCUCCGUUUCUCCCGGAUUAGUUAUGACUGAGCAAAAUUCACGUCCAUCGUCCACAGGAUCAUUUGUAUCAAAUCCUCUUACUUUUUGUGUUUCACGAAAUUCUCCAGUUCCACCACGACCCGGUUUAUCCGAUCAAGGAUUACUAUCAUCGCAUAAUAAUCACCAUCCAUUUUAUCAGCAUCAUCAACCUUCUGCACUGUCUAAAUCUUAUGAAUAAACAAUUAGACACAUAUAUAUGUCUAUUAUUCAAUACAUAAAUGUAUAUUUCAACAUUGUACAAAUGAAUGAGCCAUAUACACAACUUACUACUGGCGUUUACAGUACUUGUGUACGAGGCGAUAGCUUGAUCUUAUCCGAUGGAGAAUCAUUAGAGUUGUUAUUUCUCUAUGUGUAUCUAAUUUAUAUUUUAUUAUUCACCCUAUUUCUCAUCACAUAUUUUUUACUAUCCUGACAAGAAACAACCAAAUCCCAUCAUUAAUCAAUUGAUGAUAGCAAUAUUCUCGUUCUUCCAUUGUCCAUAUUUCUCUUUAAUCUUCAUCCGUACUUUGUUUUUCUCUGUCUCUCUAUGCAUUGAGAAGAAAGAAUGAUAUUCAAUCUCAAGAAAUCAUGUGGUUGUUAUUGUUAUCAUCUCAUUGUCAUGUUCCUUCUCUCUUUCCUUUCUCUUCUGGAAUCUUUGUUUUUCCAUUGUAAUUUUGUUCUGUUUCUCUUCUCUGUAUUCCUGUUCCAAUUGACUACUACUUAUCAAUGCUCGCUCACCAAGGGUCUUUCACACAAAAUCCAAAUUACCAUUAUCCUUAUUUGCUACUAUUUAGUCAAUUUUGUAAUUUCUCCUUACAUAUAUACAAGAUAAAAAACUAUGCAUUAUUAUUACUAUUACUAUUAUUAUGAUUAUGAUAUUUGACCUCCGCCUUGCUGACAAUAUAUCUCCAGUUGAAUAACUGUGAAACUCAAGAAUAAAUGGAUACUAUCUUGUGUUUUUGUUGUCUUCAUCAAAAGUCAAACAACACUCUUGAUAGUAACACUCCUUAAAGUUUCCAGUUUAGGAUAUGGUUUAUAUGAUUAUUCAUUGUAGAAGUACCUUGUUAUUUUUAGUAUUGUUGUAAAAGUGCUUUCUCGUUUUUAUGGAUGAAUGAAUGACUUUUUUUUAAAAAUUGUAUUCCAAUCUUAUCUUUCCCCUUUGUCCAGGGUUAUUUGGAUACUGAAACAAUAUUGAACCCCAAAGUGAUGGUCACUGUGUUCUCAUUUUUUGUACUAUGUUCCAUUUUUUCUUUCGCUUAAUUUUCUCAUAUUAUACCACAAGAAUCAUUCAACAACAAUCUUCUUUUACAUGGCUCCGAGUUUUCUUUUAUUUAAAGUUUUCUUAUUGACACCACCAUCCUGUGUGUACCCAUGUUUAUAUGUGGGAAGGAAAAAAGAGAGUUUCACUUAAACCACAUACACGGUACAUGUUACUAUCAUCAAAUUAUCAAGAUAGACCAUUUAAAUAUUUACAUUAGUAGUAGUGAUUAAUUAUGUCUACCUAUUUUGAUUAUUAUUAUUAUUAUUGUUAUUACUGGAAUUGUUGUACUUUUGGUUUUUAUGUCAUGUGUGUAUGUGAAGCACACUAGUUCGGUUUGUACAGGAAGAAAUAAAAACGUCCGUUACUGUUUGUGACGAUGGUCUCCAUUGGUUUGUGUAGUAAUACUAAUACAAAACAUUGUCGUGUUGAAAUUCAUACGAUAAACCCUAUCGGGUGUGAGGCACUUAUUCGCCGAAGACAGUGGAAGAUUGGCAAUACCGUGGAUUAAUUGAAGUUAGUCAUUAACAGCGUUGCAUCCCAGAUUAAGUGUCCGCGCGCGAGACCGGAGGUGCUGGGUUCGAUUGGUGGGGCUCGCGGAUAGGCACGUCUGAGCAGUCUUGUACCAUUAGGAAGCCCGCCCAGUGUUUCCAGAUUUUUAUUGAUGUUCGAAAACAUUAUCUCGAUGACAUUGGAUAGUACGGAUGCGCUAGACAAAUACCUUGUUAGCCAAUUUGAAAUUCUUUCAAUAUUCAACUAUUUUUAUAAUAUCUGGUUUCUCAGUCGUUAGGCGGUAGUAAGUUUAAAUCCCACUACACCACCUACUUCAAUUUAGAUGAAUAGGUAGUAGUAUUAGGUCUCACUCAAACAUUAUAACGCAAAGCAUAGUACAUUGAAAUGUGUAUCUGACCUUAGGCAACAUGACACAUGUGCAUUUUAACAAGUUACCCUACCAUAGCGAAAUGGAAUUAUCAAGAAAAAUAUCAAAAUGGUAAGAGUCCUGAUGGUAGUAGAAAGCAUUAGAUAUAAACAGAACGAUUCAAGAUGAAGUGUAAGGUAAUUUAAGGCUAGACAAAGGGUGAAUAUAUCUGCACCCUUUCGACGGUGUGUGGGCCCUGUUACCUAAAGUCUUCAAACAAUGGUCACGAUAAAUCCACGGACCCACCCAGGUACUCUGAACCUUCCAAAAUCCCUCAAUCAGACAGUCAAUUAUUCCA